AUGCCUUCUUACAACACUAAAGCCAUCCUCACCUGGUCUCUUUCUUUUGCGCCUUUUGCUCUUAGCGCUGCGCUUCCCGUCAAGCGAGCUAUCUCCUCUGUCGUCUCUGGUACUCCGAUCGGUUUUGCGGCGGGUGCCACUGGUGGAGGUGAUGCAACCCCUGUCUAUCCCACCAACAUCGACGACUUGAAGAAGUACCUUACCUCCUCGGAUCCACAGGUCAUUGUCAUUGAUGGCGAGUACAACUUUGCCGGCUCUGAGGGCAGUCAGACCGAGGCAGCCUGUAACGAUUACUCCUGCACGCCCGACGACGGCGGUCAAGCGCUCUUGAACACUCUCAAUGCCUGCGCCAGCUCAACUUACAACGUCGAACUCGACAAGGCGGCGACCGAGGGCAUCCAGGUACAGUCUGACAAAACGCUCGUCGGCAAGAACGGCGCGACUCUAAAUGGCAAGGGUCUCCGCAUGGUCGGCGUCUCCAACAUCAUAGUCCAAAAUCUCAAAAUCACCAACCUCAACCCCAAAUACGUCUGGGGCGGCGACGCCUUCACCCUCUCCGACACCUCAGACAUCUGGAUCGACCACGUUGAAACCUCCUUGACGGGCCGCCAGCAUUACUCCUUCGGGGUCGAUCCAAACCACUACGUCACCAUCUCUAACUCUUUCGUCAACGGCGAGACAACCCAGUCCGCUACUUGUGACGGCCACACAUACUGGGGCGAGGAAAUGGUCGGCACAGACGAUAGCAUUACAUGGUACGCAAACCACGUAUACAUGACUUCCGGUCGCAGCCCAGCCCUCAGCGGCAGCACCCUACUGCACGCCGUCAACAACGUCUUUGAGGACAAUACCGGGCAUCUAAUCGAGGGCGGGGGCACCGGUGCGCGCGGUAUCUUCGAGGGAAAUGUGUUCAAGAGCAUCACGACGACACUCGACAGCGGAUACGCGGGGAAGUUAUUCGGCGCGACGUCCGCGAAUGCAGCGGAGUGCAGCGCUGCGUUGGGCCGGAGCUGCGAGGCGAAUACGUUUAGCAGUGCGCCGGCGCUUGAUAGGGCGGAUAUAGACUUCUUUGGAGAUUAUAAGGGGUUUACUAUUGUGAAGGCUGCGUCUGCGGAUAGUAUCGCGAGUUCGGUGCCCAAGAGCGCUGGUGCGACCUUGUAA